AUGGCAUACUCUAUGGAUACCAGUUCCUUCAUUUCGGCCCUCGAUCGCUUCCAAAAUCGUCGAGGAGUUCCCGCGUCCUACCAUAGCGAUAAUGGGACAAACUUUGUCGGCGCGCAAAGGGAAUUGCCCGAAUGUCUCCAGAACUUGAACCAGGACGCCAUCCUACGACAUCUAAACCGACAACCCUCGAAAUGGGUGUUUAAUCCACCAGCUGCUUCCCAUUUCGGAGGUGUCUGGGAGCGAAUGGUAAGUGCCGCCAAGAUCGCAUUACGGGCCGUUCUAGGAAACCAGCGCCUCACCGAUGAAAUCUUACUGACCGCCCUCACUUUAAUUGAGAAUAUUCUCAAUAGCCGCAAGCUUACUCCGAUAAGCGACGACCCAAACGAUCCAGAAUGUCUUACUCCUAACCAUCUACUGCUUGGUCGUGCAACUCCGAAUCUACCGCCCGACGUCUUCACCGAGGAUGAUUUAACCGCCAAGCAGAGGUGGAGGAUCGCGCAAGCAGUUGCGGACCAGUUCUGGCAGCGCUGGAUGAAAGAGGUACUACCGAGCCUCACUGAACGAGAGAAAUGGUACAAAGAGCAUCCUAACCUCCAGGUCGGAGAUAUUGUCGUCAUCAUUGAUCCAGCAACGCCUCGAGGAACUUGGCCUACCGGAAAGAUUAUUCAAACCUUUCCCAGCGACGACGGAGUUGUUCGCUCUGCGAACAUACAAACGAACGAAACCGAGCGCAUUCGUUAUUUCUCCUUAAAUCCGUACUGGUGCGGGAAGGUGCGCUUAGCGCGACAAAGCGCAGGGCCGGCGAUGUUGCCGAGUUAG